AUGGCGUCUCAGCAUUCCCUUGCCUGUUGCACCAUCCCGCCCGUCGUCACCGAGGGCUACCAGCCAAAGGGCGAGUACAUCACCAUUGAUGGCCUUAAAACCUACCGCACCGGCCCUGCCGAUGCCAAGCAUGCUAUCCUGAUCAUCUACGACAUCUUCGGCUUCUUCCCCCAGACUGUCCAGGGCGCCGAUAUCCUCGCCACCUCCGACAAGGACCGCAAAUACCAGGUCUUCAUGCCUGACUUCUUCGAGGGCAAGCCUGCCGAUAUCUCUUGGUACCCCCCGGACAACGACGAGAAGGGAAAGAAGCUGGGAGACUUCUUCGCCGGGCCUGCCGCCCCGCCCAAGACCAUCUCCCGCAUCCCCAAGGUCGUCGACGAGAUCAACAGCAAGAACAGCGCCAUCGCGGCCUGGGGCAUCCUCGGCUUCUGCUGGGGUGGAAAGAUCACCAACCUUUCAUCUACAGAAGGCACCAAGUUCAAGGCUGCUGCCUCUGCGCACCCCGCCAUGGUCGACCCUGCCGACGCCCCCAAGGUCACUAUUCCGUUCCUCAUGUUGCCGUCCAAGGAUGAAGACAAGGAGGCGGUCAAGUCCUGGCAGCAGGGUCUGAAGGUCAAGGGUCACGUCGAGCCAUUCGACGACCAGAUCCAUGGUUUCAUGGCUGCUCGCUCGAACUUGAGCGAUGCUCGUGUAAAGGAAGAAUACACCCGUGGCUACAAGACUGUCCUCUCCUGGUUCCACGAGAACUUGUAA